AUGUCAUAAACAAACGGAUAAAAAAAUGUUUGAAAGCGAAAACUCCAUUGAAUUGAUUGAAAAUCUGAAAAUCAAGAGUCGGAUAAUGAAUCGAUUGGCCUCAAAGCCGUCGGAUUCGGUUUUCGGCUGUAAACCGCUGACCGGACAAUUGAUUGGCUGCCGACAGAUACCCACCGGCCAGACACUGAAGCCGUUAACGCCGACAAACAACAGCUGUUCCCGAUAUGUACUCAACGGUAACACCAAUUUCUGUUCGCUUCGUAUCGAAGAUCCGAAAAAAGUUGAGGACACCCACGAUAAAGAUGUGAAGCUAAUGUUGACCAAUAUUCCCGAAAUUAGCCGGCAUUUGGUCGUCUGCGGCAAACUCGGAGAGGGAACCUUCUCGAAGGUGUUUCGCGCCAAACAUUUGCAUAAUUCAAGCAAAGAAUACGCCCUGAAGUAUGUCAUACCAACCAUACGGCCGUCGAGAAUAGCGUCAGAGUUGAGAUAUCUGAGAGAUUUGGGCGGAUCCAAGAAUAUCAUCGAAUUGCAGACCUGUUUCUUCUCGAAAGGCCAUACCGUACUGGUUAUGCCUAUAUUUCCGCACCAAAAGUUUACCGAUUAUGUCAGCCAAUUAUCAUGCGAUGAAGUCAGACAUUAUAUGAAGAAUUUGUUGAUUUCGCUCGAAAGAGUCCACUCGUUUCAUGUGAUUCAUCGCGACAUAAAACCGGCCAACUUUUUGUACGACCGAAAGACCCGACGCUAUGCUUUAGUUGAUUUCGGUUUAGCCCAAAAUCAAAGAGAAUUAUUGGUCAGAACUUAUACGACGGGUGCGUUCAGAAAAAUACAUUCAACUAAAGAACAUUUAAACGACAAUAAGUUCAAAAUACCAGAAAACACGACUAAUAAUUGCAAACAGUUGUUGUUGUCGUCAUCAACGACAAAGAAGACAGCAUUGAAUGAUUGUACGACUGCGGCGGCAAAUAAUAUGGCCAUUAAUAAUAAUUCGUUGAUAAAAUCGGAGACCAAAUGGCAAAUUAGAAAACGAUCGCGAAAUGAGGCGCAACUCGUUGAACGAUCAAAAGUGGCGCCGAAACGGCCGCGAAUGGACGAGUCAAGUGUUUUCCAUUCGCCGCUAACGCCUACUGUUUUCAAAUCGCCGGGCAAUACGACGACAGCGGCGGCAACAACAACCAUUGCCGACACCUUAACAACUCCGGUCAAAUGCGGCGGUCUCUCAGUUAUACCCGAAACGCCACCAAAAACAUUGCAAAAAAAUUUAAUCAAUGAAUUCAAUGGACACAUGAAUAUUAGCGAUACAAAUAAUAAUGAAGCGAUGAUUCCCAAUGAAGUCAACGAAACGCCUAAAUCGCGUUUCAAGAAAGUGCCAAAAAAGUGCCGAACUCUGGCCAAUAAAACCGCUGCUGAUCUCAAAUGCGAUUGUAUGGGCGCUGAUCAGGUUUGCAGUGUUUGCAAAUCCAAGCCCGAACUGGUGGCUCCCAGAGCCGGAACACCAGGUUUUCGAGCGCCAGAAGUACUGUUAAAAUAUUUAUUACAAACCACUCUAAUAGACGUCUGGAGUGCUGGCGUUAUAAUGGCUUCACUAUUGACCGGCAGAUAUCCGUUCUUUCGUAACACUGACGACAUGACAUCGUUGGCCGAAAUUGUAACGGUUUUCGGUUCAAAACGGGUCCUAAAAACUGCCAAAGAUUUAGACAAAACUCUACUAAUUUCGGUUAAUUAUCAGCCGAUGGAUCUCAAAGAGCUGUGCGAACGUCUUAGGGGAAAGACAUCGACAUUCAAAGCGCCUGAUUCUGCCUAUGAUUUGUUGGACAAACUAUUAGAUCCAAAUCCCAGAUCCAGAUGGAGUGCAUCCAAGGCUUUAACUCAUCCGUUCUUUACUGAAGACAUAGAUCACAGCAGUCAUUCCAAUAACUAAUUAAUCAUUCAUUUAGUUUUAGAUCUGUAUUGAAAUUAUUAUUUUGAUUUUUAUAACAUACAGUUUACAUUACAUUACAUUUGAAAAUAGGAAAAAAUAGAUUUCAUUUAUAUUUUAUUUAAUUUUUUUUAUAAAA